ACCUGUCCUAUAAGGCAUCCUUACGUCUCCAAAGCUUUGGAGCAAACCCCCAGCGGCAGAUGAGUCCCCCUUAACGUUCCCCAGCCGAGGGUAACCUGCCUACGACAUGCGGAGAAACACAGCGGUCGUUCACCAGAAAUCUCUCCUCACGGCGAAGCCUCACUCUGGGGCGGCAUACUCCGACGUCGCGGGUCGACGCCAGAAUAUGGAGAUGAAUAGACAGGUAGGCUUCUCGGGGGUUGGAGACGAGACCAUAAGUUCAGCCUCUCUCUCGAUACAUGCCACCUCGCAUCAUCCAAAGAUCGUGCGCUGCGUAACAGGUUCGACCUCCAAUCCGUGACUUGACCUGGGAAACGGAGCCAAGGAUUCACUCAAAAUACGUGGGGAGACAUUGAGAUCAACCACGAGCGAGAAGAAGGAGGGACAAUAUGGCAGCGCCAGAGAACGCCAUCGCCUUCAUAGGCCUCGGCGUCAUGGGUUACAACAUGGCCGUCAACUUACGCACCAAGAUGCCCAAGGACAUGACCCUCGUUGUGGGCGACAUGUCUCAGACCGCGAUAUCCAGGUUCCAAGAGCAAAUGAAGGACGUGGGACCGGUGGCCGUUGCGGCAAACGGGUCCGAAGCGAUCCAGAAGGCUAACACGAUCAUCACGGUCCUCCCUAACGACGCCGCUUGUGACAGCGUCUAUCUCGAUCCGUCAACAGGGGUCCUCGCCGGCGUCAAGCAGGCAGGUUCUUCGCAGGCAAAGAUUGCCAUGGAGUGCGGCACCAUGAGCCUCGAGAUCAUCAACAAAGUCCGGGACGCCUCCUCGGGAAGUGGCCUCACAUUUAUCGACAGCCCCAUCUCUGGCGGGCCGCUCGGCGCCCAAGCAGGCACACUCACCAUCAUGGUCGGCUGUGACGAGGCCGUCUUCCCCAAGAUCAAGCCUCUGCUCGAGCACAUGGGCUCCGGCGUCCGGCGGUGCGGCGUCGUGGGGACAGGCACGGCGUUCAAGACGAUCAACAACUACAUGUCCAUCAACAACGUGCUGGUGGCCAGCGAGGCGCUGAACAUCGGGGCCAAGCUGGGCCUCAACAUGGAGGACCUGAUCGACACGGUCAACUCCAGCAGCGGCAUGAGCUGGAUCACGCUCAAGAACAACCCGGUGCCCGGCAUCACGCCCGGCGGCGCCGCGAGUAACGACUACAACGGUGGUUUCCGGAUAGAACUUGGCCAGAAGGAUCUGACGCUGGGCGUGCAGUUGGCCAAGAUGGUUGGGGCGAGGCCCGUGGUUUCGCUCGAGACACUGAAGACCUUGGGAGAGGUUGCGAGUGAUCCGAGAUACGCCGGAAAGGACUUGCGGGUAGUGUACAAGUGGCUGAACGAGCAGUAGCGAGAGAUUCUUGUCGUGGCUUCUUCAGGCCGUGCUGCUGGAAGUACAUCCUCUUAUUGUACCGCAGUCGAUGAUGCUCGUCCGGUAGCAUUACUAGCGGACAGCGUACCAACGUGCGAAAUAGGUCAAGUAGAUGGCAUUAGAGAUCACGAGCGUCUAAAAACA